AUGGGUAAAACAACAGAUGAUGCACGUUCACGUUCAGUUACAAACGAUAAAUUAUUAAGUGGUAUUCAUAAACCAAUAACGCGAUCAUCUAGUCAACGGCAAGGCGUGAUUAGCAAUGCCAGGAUAGAAGCACGUUCGAGUUCAACAGAUCAAUUCAGUAAAAAAGCCGUAUCAAGAAAACAAUUAUCAAACAAGCAGUCCCAAAUAGCAAAAACAAACACAUUUGUCGCAGCAACAGAUUUAAGUAAUCAGGAUGAAUCAGCGUCGAAAAUGGACGAUGGCAGUGACGUAAGUAGUACAAGUGAUGUAUUACUAGUGAAGAAACAAAGAAAACGAAAAACAACUCCCGUAUUUGAAUUCGCUCAAAGAGUUAAUUCUAAUGAAAUUAAAUGUUUAUUAUGUGAUAAGCAUAUUAGAGAAGGAAACGGGUCAACAGCAAAUGUACGACGACAUUUAGGUAAUAUUCAUGGAAAAACGUCUUUAAAGUAUCCAUCAUCAAAAAGAACUAAUAGUGUUUCAUUAGCAAAUAAAAAACAGCUGGAUAUAGCAGCCAUUAAGUGUAUCGUUAAAGAUGUUCGUAGUUUUAACGACUUUAAAAAAGACGGUAUGCAGCAAUUCUUGAACAUAGCCAUUCCAAACUAUACGGGUCCAAGCUCUCGAACAGUGAAAAGAUCGUUGAAUAGUAUGUAUGGUGAUGAGAAAUUGAAGUUAAAACAAGAAUUAGCUAUGAUUGAGUAUAUCUCAUUAACCGCGGAUUUAUACUAUAAUACUCAAAGACGUCAUUAUUUAUGUAUAACGGCGCAUUACAUAAAGCCAGAUUUUAAAUUGAAAUCAACUGUAUUAAGUUAUAGGCAAUUUUAUGGCAGGAAAUACUCUAAAAGAUUGAAUCAACAUAUCAAUAGAGUAUUGACAAAAUAUGAUAUCAAAAGUAAAGUGGUAUCUAUUACAACCGAUAACGGAAGCGAUAUCAAAGCCGCUUACCAGGACGAUUUUGGAAUUCGUUUGUAUUGUUGUGCACAUGCCCUUAAUUUAGUUGUACAAAAUUCACUUAGUUUAUGGACCAAGAAAAUAGACGAUAAUAGUGAAAACGAAGAUGAUGAAAUGACAGAGUAA